GUAAUAAAUUCGUUCGUGAACGCAGAAAAAACUAAAAAAGUUUAAUAUCUUCGAGUCCUGAGUGCAUUGAAUAGAUCUUUUUGUCAAAGGCUAUACAAGAAAUACCAUUAUCCAUAAUGUCGUCUAACUAUUAUUCGGGAUCUAAUAAUCAGCAACAGUCGGGUAAUAAUGACGCUCGCCAUCAAAACGAUAACGACAGUCAAGAUCAAUAUGAUGAAGAUAAUGAUUAUCAAGAUCAACAGGGUGGAGAUUACGAUGAUUCACAAGAUGAUUGUGGCGAUUCCCAAAAUGAUGGCAACAAUGGCGAUGAUGGCGACCAUGGGGAUGACGAUGACAAUGAAGAUGAUGAUGAUGACGACGACGACGACGACAAUGAUAAUCAAAACAAUGGACGAACUGAUGGUCCUAAAUAUAUUCGUUUGCGUGGUCUUCCCUGGUCGGCUACUAAUAAAGAAAUUUUAGAUUUCCUGAAAAAUGUUAGUGUGGUCGACGGUGCUAACGGUAUUCAUUUGGUAACAAGUCGUUGGGAUGGCAAAAAUACCGGUGAAGCAUAUGUGGAAGUUGAAAGUGAUCAAGAUGUUCAAUCGGCUUUAAAAUUGGAUAAUUGUAAUAUGGGUCACCGUUAUAUCGAAGUAUUUACGGCGCAACCUAAAGAAGCCAGAGGCGCAAUGCGUAAGACAAGUAGUUCCGGCAUGUCAUAUGUUGUAAAAUUACGCGGUUUACCAUAUUCAGUGAGCGAGCAGCAAAUUGAGGAAUUCUUUAAUGGGUUGGAAAUCAAACCGGAUCGGGAGGGGAUUACAUUUGUUAUGGACAGAAGGGGUCGUGCCACUGGGGAAGCUUUUGUUCAGUUCGUCAGCCAGGAAGAUACUGAACAAGCCUUGGGACGUAAUCGGGAAAAAAUUGGGCACAGGUAUAUUGAGAUAUUCCGGAGUUCUUUGGCUGAAAUGAAACGAUCCACGGGUAAUGGCAAUUUUGGACGUGUAGCGCCUUAUGAUCUCAGAGAGCGUGGCAGUAAUCGCGCCAGCAGCGUUGGCAGUGACUUUAGCAACAGUCGCGGAGCAGGUCCAGGUGGACGUUGGAGCAAUAAUGGUGGUUUUGGAGUGGGCGCGAAUAACACUUUGGGUUUUAAUAAUUUACCGUUCGGUAAUAGCGGUAAUUUCGGAAAUUCUAGUAACUUUGGAAAUUUCGGCAGUAGCAGUAAUUUUGGUAAUAGCGGAAAUUUCGGUAAUUUUGGCAAUGCUGCCAAUUUCGGUAACAGUAGCACCAGUGGAAAUUUUGGUAAUUCUGCUAACAGCGGUAGCGGUAGCGGUAGCGGCAAUGGCGGUUUUAAUAGUCGUUUUGGCGGUAAUAACGGUAAUUUUGGUAACGAUUUUGGCGACUUUGGUAAUUUUGGCAAUAAUCGCAAUAAUAAUACCGGAAAUUUCGGGAAUUUUGGCAACUUCGGUAACUUUGGCAACAAUAGCGGUGCCAUGGGCGGUGGUUUCGGUGGCGGUAAUAAUUUCGGGCCAAUUGGCGGUGGCCGAAUGAACGACGACGUUGAAUAUUUUGCAAUACAUAUGCGAGGUUUGCCCUACACCUCAUUCGAAAAUGAUGUUUUCAAGUUCUUUGAUCCAAUACGUCCGGCUAAUGUGCGUAUUAAUUACAACGAAAAGAAUCGUCAUAGCGGUACAGCUGAUGUUUACUUUGAUACAUAUGACGAUGCUCAGAAGGCUAUGAAACGUCAUCGCGAACAAAUGGGUUCACGUUAUAUUGAAUUGUUUUUCGAUGGCAAAGUCAAGGGUGACGAUAUGUAUAACGAUGGAGGCUACGGGGGCGGUAGUGGUGGCCGCAAUAAUUAUUCACGUUUAAAGUGUUUUUAAUUUACAAACGGAAAAAAUUAAAAACUCCGUGCAUCAGCUCCUUUUCCAUUGUCUUUAUUAUUACCUAUAAAACGUAUUUUUUUUUUUUAAUUUUUAAUUUUUUAUAAUUUUUUUUUUUUUUAUUAUAUCAUCGUUUUCUGACAACACAUUAAAUAUCUCUUCCAUUCUUCCUUUUUACUCUUUUUCUUUCUUAACAUAAUAUAAAAUAUAAGUUCUCCGAAUUUUUCUUUUUUAAGUUAAGUUUACUGAUAACUAACUCAUUUAGAACUUUAUUAUAUUAAAUUGUUUUUUUGUUUUUUUUCUUUUCUUUUUUUUUAUUUAAUAUUUUUUAACAAGAAAAUAACAAAGUCUUGCAUCGCUUACGAUA